AUGCAGCACAUCCCGGUUAGAGACAUGUACGCCUGGGUACACCGUCCCGUCGAGAUGCGCCGCCAGGAGGCACUGGAACGGCAUGGCAGGAUCUCACGCCCGAUGAAACCAUUCAUACUGUAUCGGUUGGCGUAUAGUGAUCGAGCAAAGCGCUGGUUCGCCCAGAGUGAUCAUCAGGUCAUCUCCAUCCUCACUGGGCGAAGAUGGAAGCUGGAAGCCCCCCACAUUCGAGAGAAGUACAAGACGCUGGCGGUGAUGGAGAAGCGGAACCACGCCAGGGCGCAUCCGGGACAUCGCUUUUCGCAGUCAUACAAGAAGAAACGAUCGUCGCAAAAGCCAGUUCUCAGGAGUUGGCGGUGCUUUCAAUGGCGGCCUCCAAACCCGGUCAGAGUUCGCAGUCUAGCGCUUGGUCUACCUCGUUGGAUAAUGACCGCACCAGUGAACAUUCAACCGGAUUCUUCAAGCAGAAGUGGAGACCAUCAUCAAGCGCAAUGUAUUGAAUUCAAAUGGCUUCAGCCCGCUGCAAACUGCCGCCUCGAUUUGGUGGCAGUGGAGGUCUUAUCCCCAGACAGCCGCUUCCGAGCAUGA